UCUCGCUCUACUUUCUCUCUCAUCUCUCUCUCUAUAUCUUCAUAGUCCAUAGGUACGCUGCCCAACUUGAUUAAUUAAUACGCCUUUUCCGCCGGCGGCGCUGAUAAAGGAAAACACCACCUUGUUGACAAGUAUUCUGAUCAUCACACAAAAUGAAAACAAAUUACCGGUGGUAUGGGCCGCUCCUUUUUCACCUUUCCUUCCUCUUUUUCCUGCUGCAAAUGAUUGUCGUCGGAGCUCAGACGCGUCCGCCGCCGACCGACCAGUACCCUUACGCGGCGAGGUUCAGCCCUUCCAUGGCGAUCAUCAUAGUCGUCCUGAUAGCCGCCCUCUUCUUCAUGGGGUUCUUCUCAAUCUACAUCCGCCACUGCUCAGACUCCUCCGGCGCCGGGGGCAGCGUCCGCCGCGCCAUCUCCAUGCGCGCCCGCAGGACUGCGGCGGCGCGUGGGUUGGACCGCUCCGUCAUCGACACCUUCCCAACUUUCUCCUACUCUGAGGUGAAAGACCACAAGAUCGGGAAAGGCGGCCUUGAGUGCGCUGUUUGUUUGAACGAGUUUGAAGAGGAUGAAACGCUGCGUUUGCUGCCGAAGUGCGACCACGUGUUCCAUCCUGAGUGCAUCGACGCCUGGCUCGAGUCACACGUCACCUGUCCGGUCUGCCGAGCCAAUCUCUCUCCUGAUCAGACUCAGACCGCCGACGAGAGUCCGGUUCAAGUUUCAUCAGAAUCAAACGACAACACCACCACCACCACCAUUAAUUCAAGGAGUAAUUCAAGAAGAGAGGAAAUUGUGAUAGAUGUAGAUGGAGAUCAGAAUCAAAGUAGCUCGAGUUUUGAAUACCCGAACCGGCCGACGAGAUCGUGGUCUAUACAAAGACCGUUUGGUUUAGGUAAGUUUAGAUCUCAUUCAACCGGACACUCCUUUGUCCAGCCGGGACAAAAUCUUGACCGGUUCACUUUGAGGUUGCCUGAACAAGUGAGGAAGGACGUGAUGAACCGGGCCAGCUUCAACCGGACCAGAAGUCAAAUUGCGACUUCGUUGCCCAGAGAAGGAAGCUCGAGAAGGGGCUACAGAACCGGCGGCGGAGGCUACGACGAAGGGAGUAGCAGCCGGCCUGCUGGUGGAAGAUCAUAUUGGAGAAUUGACGGCGGAGCAAAGUCGGACAGGUGGGCGUUUUUCACGAGGGCUUUGUCGAUGAAGUCGCCCAAGGUGGUGGCGGAAGGCGGAGACGGCGGAAGUACAACACCGGUUGUGAAAAUGCCUUCUUUCAAGUGUUUGGAGCCAAAGGCUGUGGAUGAAACCGGUUUGAUCGCCGAUCGUGAACCGGCUAGACAUGCGGUUUAGACUUUAACCCGGUCCGGUCCGAUCCGUAAGAAAUUGUAGCAUAUAAAAGUUGACUUUGACCGGGAGGGCACAAACACGUAUACUGGGACCCAUGGUAGUUGAAUUUAUGCAAGUGAGUACUGAUCAUCAUCAUCAAAUCAAAUCAGAGAGUGGAAAAGGUGCCCCUCGUUGUGUUUUCUUUGGCCUUUUAGUCAAAUAUUCAAUUCCAUUUAUUCAAUAAUUUUCAUCUUUUUUUACCCAGUAUACAAUUCAAGCUGUUAUUAUAUUCCAUCAUUUAUUGAAUAUUGUUUUUUUUUUUUUUUUUUAAUAAUGGAAUAUAUUAUUGAAUAGUAGACACUACUGCUCUGCUGCCUUCUGUUCAUGAGUUUUGGAAGUUGCCACUCGGUCUAUAUUUUGAAUAGCAUAUGUUCUUCCCCUGAUGCCAAUGACAUUAUUAAUUCAAUUAUUCUUUUGUCCGUUA